CGGGCGCUCCGCACAACUUGCGCUUCUCCUUCCCUCUCGCCGAGUCGGGCGAAGAAGACUGAGCGGGGGUCCCCAGGCGGCGGGCUCCCUUUCCCUGCCCCCCGGCCCGAGGCCAUGUCCACGGGCUCACUGAGCGAUGCCGAAGACCUUCCCGAGGCGGAGAUACUGGACUGCUCCGGCAGCCUGAAAAUGGACCACUGCGGUUCGCCGUCCGUUCCCCGCCAGAGUCCCGCCGAAGGCUCGGCCUGCGAGCGGCGCUCCCCUGGCAAAGGCCGGGGCGCGGCGGCGGCGGGCAAGGCGCGUAAGAAAACGCCGGGCAAGAAGAGCCCUCCGGCGGGCCAGGAGGGCAAGCAGGUCCAGCGGAACGCGGCCAACGCCCGCGAGCGGGCUCGCAUGAGAGUACUGAGCAAAGCCUUCUCCCGCCUCAAGACCACCCUGCCCUGGGUGCCGCCGGACACCAAGCUCUCCAAGCUCGACACGCUCCGCCUGGCCUCCAGCUACAUCGCCCACCUGAGGCAGAUCCUGGCCAGCGACAAGUACGAGAACGGCUACCUUCACCCCGUCAAUUUGACAUGGCCUUUUAUGAUUGCUGGCAAACCAGAGAAUGAGCUGAAAGAAGCAGUAAACACAACUCGGUUGUGUGGCCCUACUGCCUCCUGACCCAGGAUUUUUGAGCAUAAGAAAAGCACUCUUCUCUGUGGAUGAAUGCAAUUGUGCAUUGUGUAUACGAACGGGUGGAGGAAGCAUUUCAAGGAGACAACAAACUGUUUUCUCAUGGAACAAACAAAUCCUAAAACUGAAAAGAAGACCAAAUGUACUAUGCCAAAGGAAAGUGA